CUCCGCGGUUAUGAACAGCACGCCAAAGAUGGCAAGGAUUACAUCGCACUGAACGGGGACCUGCGCUCCUGGACCGCAGCAGACACGGCUGCUCAGAUCACCAAGCGCAAGUGGGAGGCAGAGGAAUUUGCAAAGCAGGUCAGGGCCUACCUGGAGGGCAUGUGCGUGGGGUGGCUCCGCAGACACCAGGAGAACGGGAAGGAGACGCUGCAGCGCGCGGAUCCCCCCACAACACAUGUGACCCACCAUUCCAUCUCUGACUAUAAGGCCACUCUGAGGUGCUUGGCCCUGGGCUUCUACCCUGUGGAGAUCACACUGACCUGGCAGUGGGAUGGGAAGGACCAGACUCAGGACAUGGAGCUUGUAGAGACCAGGCCCGCAGGGAAUGGAACCUUCCAGAAGUGGGCAGCUGGUGUGCCUUCUGGAGAGGAACAGAGAUAUACGUGCCAUGUACAGCAUGAAGCAUUGCCUGAGCCCCUCGCCCUGAGAUGUAGUAAGUCUUCUCAGCCCACCAUCCCCAUCGUGGGCAUCAUUGCUGGCCUGGUUCUCCUUGGAGCUGUAGUCACUGGAGCUGGGGUCGCUGCUGUGAUGUGGAGGAAGAAGAGCUCAACUGGGGAAGGGGUGAGGAUGAUCUACUCUCAAGCUGCACGCAGCAACUGUGCCCAGCGUUCUGAUGUGUCUCUCAUGGCUUAUAAAAAUGAGACCCUGGGGGGCCUGAUGUCUGUGGGGUGUUUAGGGGAACAGUGGAUGCAGCUGUGCUAUGGGGUUUCUUUGAGUUGGAUGUAUUGA